AUGUUUUCUCUAGUAUUAUUGGUUGUUACACCAUGGCUUGUAUUUUGUAUGCCACCACCACCACCAGCUAUGUGUACAUGUUCUGAUGGUACUCAAGUACCACCUGGAGGAACACAUUCAAUAUCAGACUGCCAUAGUUGUUAUUGUGAUGAAAAUAAUUCAGAAGCCCAAGAAAUUAUAGCUGCCUGUUUAAUAGUGCCAUGUGUUGAUUCUGUAAAAAUGCCAGGACAAUGUUGUCCUACCUGCCCAAAUGGAGAGAACUGUCGAGCUGAAUUUAAAGAUGAUAAUGGUGUUGAAAGAAGUGAAAUUAUCAAAGUUAGUGAUGGUGUAGUCAAGUUCAACUCAACUGAAUGUCAAUGUGACUAUCAAAAUUACAAUGGAGAACCAAAAGCAAAUUGUGUACAAGUAUUGAGUAUUGAGCCGGUAAUUGCAGAAAAAUCAACUCCGUAA